CAUCGGCGACGACGGCCAGUCCAGAGUCCACCGCCCCGGGCUCCACUCCCAUGCUUUAGCUCCUUCCGUGUACCUUCCUCCCCGCGCUCUUUCCAACCUUUUCAAACCACCUUUUCCCCUCCGGGAUAACCAUCGGGGGGUAAACUACUAAGAACAAUCGCACAAUUCGCGAGCACCACAACCACAAGUUUGUUACUGGCAGAGGAGUGUACGUGCUGCGUGUGUAUAGGUAGAAGCUUAGCGGAGAGCGACAUGGGCGCGACGACGGCCUAGCUAGGGUGGAUGGCGUCGUCGGGCGGGGACGUGCCGGCGGAGAGGGCGGCCGCGGCGGCGAACGACCUGGUCGAGGCGCGGGACGGCGCGGCGUCGCUCAGGACCUUCCUGCUGGAGCUGGACGACCAGCGCGCGCCGUGGGCGCAGCGGGUGGUCGACGCCGUGCUCAGCAGGCUGUCGAGCGCGAUGUCGGCGCUGGACGUCGGCGGCGCGGCGACGGGAGGAGGCCGGAGCCCGGCCACCGGGUCCGGGUCCGGCGGCGCGAGCAGGCCGCAGCAGUCGGUGAGCUACUCGAGCAGGAACACGAAGGAUAAGAAACGCAGCCUCAGCAGAAGCUUCACCAGAUCACAGCGCCCCUCUGACAAGAAGAUCACCACUACGCUGGAAGACGGCCACGUAUGGCGGAAAUAUGGGCAGAAGGAGAUCCAGAAUUCACCCUAUCCAAGGAGUUACUACAGGUGCACACACAGCUCAAGCCAAGGAUGCAACGCCAAGCGGCAGGUCCAGCGCAGCGAGGCGGACCCGUCCAAGCACGUCGUCACCUACUACGGCGAGCACACCUGCAGGGACCCCUCCACGAUCCCGCUCGUCGUCCACGCCGCCGGCGCGGCGCCGGACGACCGUGCCAAUAACCUCAUCAGCUUCGGCCACAGCGGCGCCAGCGACAGCUCCGCCGCAGCCACCGGCGCCUACUCUUCUUCCCAGUACUUGGCGAUGGGCGGCAGGAGCACCGCCGGUGACCAGCUAUCCACGUCGUGGUGCACCAGCGAUGACAUGUUCAGCUCGUCGGCCGGCUCCUUCAUGCAGGUUGACGAGCUGAUCAGCGCGGUCGUGGGCUCGGCCGGGGUGACGUCGACGGCGACGGCGGGGUCGGCGGCGCUGGACCGCGGCGGGCUCGGUGGCAUGGCGGGCGGCGGCGGAGGCAAUGCCAGCUUCCCGCCGUCUCCGAACGGACUCGCCGGGUUCGUGGUCGGCUCGCUUGGGAGCAUCGGCGGCGACGACGAUGACUUGUUUAGUAUGGAUCCUUAGUGAGCAAUUGAAGGCAUCGACCGUGAAGCGCAUGAACGAUUCGGCGUGGUGAUUGGUGAACCAUGAUUUGUAAAAGCCUAAUAAGGCCUGCCGUGUCGGUGUAGCCGUGUAUAUAAACUUGGGUCACUUGAAUCCAAAAGUAGACAAUGUUAGCAGAAAUGAGAAAACUCUUAUUGUCGCUA